AUGGCGAUUCGGCCGAGAACACGUAAAAGGGUUCAAGCUGCUCGUCGUGCUGCCGAUGGAAGCGCUUUUGAGAAAUGUGAAGAAUGUGGUGAUACGAUUGCGAUUGCCCUGUUUGAUAUGCACGAGUGCGGAGAGAGAAAGAGGGAGGUGAAGAGAUUCAAGUGCAUUUCGAGUGGCAAAGUCGGGAUUAUCUCGAAACCUGUCGGGAGCUUUGAAGAUGAGCCCAGAUCACCAUUCAUCUUCUUCUUGUACAGUAACCAAAACCUUCCUCUGGAAAAUUACGGUGGAAACUUGGGGGAUGCUAUUGCUAACAGAAUGAUUUUCAACGUGUGGAAUGACAUGUCAAAAGAGGAACGGAAACCAUUCAUAGACCGUGCUUCAGAAGUUGAUUUGGCACACAACAUGAAACUAAACGAAGAAGCUCAAAGUUUUUGUAAGGCAGAUGACGAGGCGGAUUCGAAAGAUGUUGGGAAAUUUGACAAGGGCUAUGAGAGAUACGAUCAUGAAGAGGAGGACUGUGAUUCGUCGGAUGAUUUUGGCCAUGAGUUUUGGGACGACGAUUCUCUCCCGGAGUUGUGA